AUGUCCCACAACAUGCCUAUCACCCGUAGCCAGACGGCCAGUGGCCACUCCUCUGAGGAGCGCGUCGAGCCUGGGCAUGAUGGAAACCCCCACGCAACCCUGGAUACCGUGGACAGUACCACGACGGCCGGCGCCAUCGCCAGCGCCGUUUCUGCCGCCCUGGGUCCCAUGCUCGCUCUGGUCCAAGACCUUUUGCUGCAGGUGCGCGACUUGCAGUCUGAACGGGUCGAGCGCGCCUCCUCCCUGCGAUCGGACCGUGCCCCGCCUAGCACCAGGGCCUCCGAGGUGGCCUCCGAGGCUGCCGGCGAACCAGGCGUUCCUGGAGCGCCCACGGCCUCGGCCCUGCGCUUCGCCCGUUCCAUGCUGGGUACUGGCGUUGAGGAGGGGUUGCGUUUCCAGCAAGACGUGAACCGCAACCGCCAGGCCAACGUGCUUUUCACCAAGACGCCUCACCAGGACGCCCUGGCUGAGAAGGCACCCAAGAUCUGCAUCACCGCCCCUUCUUGGGAUGGCGAACGCGACGACCUUGAGGCAUACCUCGAACAGUGCGAACUGCAUUUCGACCUCAACCCCACGCGAUUUAAGGACGAUCAUCGCCGAGUCCUGUGGGCCAUGGCUCAUGUUACGGGCGCCCCGCGGGACCGCCUGCGCAACCUGCGCCUCUCGCCCACCAUGGAUCCCCUGUUCCACAGCUGGGAGGUGUACUGCGCCGACCUGCGACGCACCUAUGGUGACCCGUUGCCUGGCCACACUGUCAGGAUCAAGCUGCAACAGCUGAGGCAGACGGGCAGCGUCAGCGCAUACGCGGCAGAGUUCCAGGCCCUCGCCAACCGCUCCCACGCCACGGACCUCUCACAGCUCUUGGCAACUUUCCAACUGGGGCUCAAGAUGAGUUUCCGUCGCCAGGCGCUGCACAUCCAAACCCAGGAUUUCCACGAGUACGUGGACGCUUGCAUUUGCACCGAGCAACAGAUGCAUGAAACUGGCCUCGUAGACUCGGUUGCUAACCAAACGGCUCAACGCUCCAACACGGCCGGUGAAGAGCAGUUCAAGAGUGUCACGACGGCCAGAGCAACCACGAUGGCGGAGACGCCCAAGAGCAGGUACCAGGACAAGUCUGGUAAAAGCCAGGAGAGCCACGAUUGCAACGGACUCUUGGAGGAACUGCGUCGUCAUCGUCGAGAGAAUCGCCAGUGCUACGGAUGCGGUAGCAGCGAACAUAUUGCCAGGGACUGUCCCAAGGUCGAAAAGACCCGUACUCUGCGGGCCAACGUCUGCUCGUUGGACAACGACGGAUCGGGCGAUAUCUUGAUGCACCCAGGCGACGACGACCUCGCCAGCAGCUCUCUCGGCGGCUUAGG